AUGCAGAAGGAUGGAAUGAAAGGUCAUGAGGAAGGUCAAAAGGCUGCUGUUGCUGCUGCGCAAGAGGGGCGACAGGGGCAAAAGGGUGAAAAGGAGCGACAGGGGCAAGAGGGUGAAAAGGAGCGACAGGGGCAAGAGGGGGAAAAGGAGCGACAGGGGCAAGAGGGGGAAAAGGAGCGACAGGGGCAAGAGGGGGAAAAGGAACGACAAGGGCAAGAGGGGCGGGAGGGGGAAAAGGGGGGACAGGGACGAGAGGAGCAAACAGGGAAAAAGGGACGAGAAGGUGGUCUGACAGAUACUGAGGUGCGCGGGCUGGCAGAUGAAAAGAAGGCAGGUAAAGAGAAGGCAGGUAAAGAGAAGGCAGAUGAAGAGAAGGCAGAUGAAGAGAAGGCAUCUGGGGAUGGUACAGGUGGGAAAGGAGGUGUUACUGAGAAGGAAGGUGCUCCUUCGGACAGCGAUGUGGAAGAGGUGGAAGAGGAGAGUGGUGCAGAGCGGUUGAUCGGCGCUAUGGAAGCUGGAGUUGCAGAGGGUAAGGAGGUAGGCGCGUUGGCGGUGGACGCCGCGCCGCGUGUGGCGGAGAUUAAGGAGGCGAAGGACCGCCGAUGGGAUCGUAGCGAGAUUCGCGGCAUGUGGGAGUUUGCGUCGAUACUUGAUUUCUUCAGAGUAAUAAUUCGCGUUCAUGCGUCGCAAGCGUAG